AGACUCACUGCCUCAAGUCGGGACACUGGACAACCGCUUAGUGGAACAGCUUAAAGUGUCCGAGAGUGGGAAUGGAAAAGAGACUGUAUUCAACCAACAGAGUCCUGUGAACAAGCAGCGUAAUAACAAAGAAUAAGUUUUAUUCGCCCUAAGGAGGCGGAUGGGAAUUAUUCGGGACUUGGGUUUUUUCUCCUCCUCAGCUGUGGUACCCUAAGGUCAGAUUACAAAGAGAAGAGAGGUCGGGCUCUGUUGGAGAUGGAUUUCUUCUUUGCAGAGAGAGCCCGUGUCUGGUUGAGACACAAGGAGCAGCUCCUUCCCUCCACUGUCAGCUCUUAUGAUGACUUGUCCCUGGUUCUCACCACCGACUAUGGGAAGGUGAUCUGUCUACAGAGAGAGGAGCUGAACAGGGAGACGGUGUACCCGAUGCACCCAAGCAGCAUCAAUGGAGUCGAAGACAUGUCCACACUGGCAGAGCUGCAUGAAGCUGCCAUUAUGCACAACCUCUUUCUGCGCUAUCAGAAAAACAACAUCUAUACCAAUAUAGGCUCGAUUCUGGCAGCUGUAAAUCCUUACAAACAGAUAGCAGGCCUGUAUGACUCCACUGCAGUUGACCUAUACAGCAAGCACCAGAUGGGGGAGCUCCCUCCUCAUAUCUUUGCUGUAGCCAACGAGUGUUACCGCUGCCUGUGGAAGAGACACGACAGUCAGUGCGUUCUAAUCAGUGGGGAGAGCGGUGCUGGGAAAACAGAAAGCACCAAGCUGCUGCUGAAGUUCCUCUCAGUGAUGAGCCAGAACUCGUCUGGUACUCCUCUCUCGGAGAGGACAACCCGGGUGGAGCAAGCGCUCGUCCAGAGCAGUCCCAUUAUGGAAGCAUUUGGGAAUGCAAAGACUGUCUACAACAACAACUCCAGUCGCUUCGGGAAGUUCAUACAACUCCACUUUUCACAGAACGGGAACAUUCAGGGAGGCUGCAUCAUUGAUUAUUUACUUGAAAAGAACCGCGUGGUCCGGCAAAAUCCAGGUGAGAGAAAUUACCACAUCUUCUACGCACUGCUGGCAGGAGCAGACAAAGACCACAGAGACACGUACCUUUUGUCUGAAGGUCCAGAGUCAUAUCACUAUCUGAGCCAAGCAGGCUGCGUUCAGGACAGCAGUCUGGAUGACAAGCAGCUUUUUAACAGUGUGAUGGAGGCUCUUAAGGUGAUGGAAUUCAGUGAGGAGGAGAUCAGAGAUGUGUUCAGGUUGCUGUCUGCUGUCCUCCAGAUGGGAAACAUUGAAUUCAUGACUGCUGGAGGAGCUCAGAUCACUUCAAAUGGAGUGGUCAGUAAUGUCAGCGAGCUGCUCGGUCUGGACACUUUCCAGCUGUCAGAGGUGUUGACCCAGCGCUCUAUGAUCCUACGAGGAGAGGAGAUCUGCUCCCCCCUCACUGUGGAGCAGGCGGUGGACUCGCGGGACUCUGUUGCCAUGGCUCUUUAUUCUCAGUGUUUCUCCUGGAUCAUAAUGAGGAUCAACCAGAAGAUAAAAGGGAAAAACAACUUCAAAUCCAUCGGCAUCCUGGACAUAUUCGGCUUUGAGAAUUUUGAGGUGAACCGUUUCGAGCAGUUUAACAUCAAUUAUGCCAACGAGAAGCUGCAGGAGUAUUUCAACAAGCACAUCUUCUCGCUGGAGCAGCUGGAGUACAACAGGGAGGGGAUCCAGUGGGAAGCCAUAGACUGGAUGGAUAACGCAGAGUGUCUGGAUCUCAUAGAGAAGAAACUGGGCAUGUUGGCUCUUAUCAAUGAGGAGAGCCGCUUCCCAAAAGGCACCGACUACACCCUUCUGGAGAAACUGCACAGCCGACACGCAACAAACCCGUACUAUGUGAAACCCAGAGUGACUGACCACCAGUUUGGCAUCAAGCACUAUGCUGGAGAGGUGCUGUAUGAUGUGCGAGGUAUCUUGGAGAAGAACAGAGACACCUUCAGAGAUGACAUCUUGUUCAUACUCAAAGACAGCAGGGUUGACUUCAUCUAUGACCUCUUUGAGCGCGUCGGCAGCAGAAGUGGAGACGAGACUCUGAAGAUGGGGACUGCUCGUCGGAAGCCCACCGUCAGCUCUCAGUUCAGGGACUCUCUCCAUUCCCUGAUGGCCACAUUGAGUGCUUCUAAUCCUUUUUUUGUGCGCUGCAUCAAACCAAACAUGGAGAAGAAGGCUAAUCAGUUUGACCCUGAUGUCGUCUUGAACCAGCUGAGAUAUUCUGGGAUGCUGGAAACUGUAAAGAUUCGAAAGGCUGGAUUUCCUGUUCGCAGAACAUUUAAAGACUUUUUCAGCAGGUACAAAAUGAUCCAGAAGAACAAAAACCUCUCAGAUGAAGAGAAGACCUGCUGUUCAGAGCUCCUCACACUUCAUGAUAAAACCAAGAAAGAGUGGCAGCUGGGGAAGACAAAGGUGUUCUUGAAGGAGGUGCUGGAGCAGAGGCUGGAGAAGGAGAGGGAAGAGGAGCGGUGCAGGGCUGGCAUGGUGAUCCGCGCCCACAUCCUUAGCUAUGUGGCAAGGAAACAAUACAAGAGGGUCCUGUCCAGCGUUGUUACCAUCCAGAAGAACUACCGCGCUCACUUUUGGAGACGCACCUUCCUGCGCCUGCGCCUUGCUGCCGUCGUCCUGCAGAAACAUCACAGGGGACAACUUGCUCGUUCCCUCUGCCACAGGCUUACGGAGGAGAAGCGGAGGCAGGAGGAGGAGGAGAGGAAAAGGAGAGAGGAGGAAGAGGAGAGGAGGCGCCUAGAGGAGGAAAGGAGGAAAAGGAUGGAGGAGGAGGAGGCAAGGAGAAAAAGAGAAGAGGAGGAGAGACUAAAAGAGGAAGAGGAGAGGAAGAGGAGAGCAGAAGAGGAGGAGCACAGACUGAUGAAAGAGAAAGAAAAACAGCAGAAAUUGGCAGCUAAAGGGGAUAAAACAAGGAACUCCUUUGUGAAUGGCGCUUGCCCUAAGGAGGAGCUUACCCAGACUCCAUCCUACAAUGACACCUCAGAGGAGGAGAGCCGCCAGAUGGAGGAGAUCCUGCGUCUCGAAAGGGAGAUCGAGCGUCUGCAGAAGCAGCAGGAGGAUGGCGUUUCCCUGCUUGGGGAUGUUUCCCGCGAGGAGAUGCGUCAGAUGAGGGACGCUGAGAUCUACAGGCUGGAGAAGGAGGCUUCUCGUGUGGCAACAGAGUUCCUGGAGCUGCUGGACUUUGGAGGGUUAGAGCCAUCACUCUCAAGCGAGGAAAAUCUCCAUGAAGCGAAUGAAUCUGCAGCUCCUCUGGCUGAGGACGAGGUGGAUGAGGGUUUCCCCACCGAGGACGAGUGUGUUCCCUUACCAGACUUUCCUCCCCCAGCUGCGGUUCCUCUUGAUAAGGACGUGUUUCAGAGUAUUCCUCCUCCUCCUCCUGGCUUUGCAGAAGGAGUCCUGGUUUCCCCAUCCCCCGUUGCUCGCUCUGCAUCUGAAAAACUCACCAUCGCUACCCUUAAUGGAUUCAAUCACACCUCCGUUCUUACAGACUCCCAAACCUGCCACCCUCCUCAGUCUCCUCGUAUAGUGACUAACGGAGAUAGGCAGCCAUGCCAGAGAACCAGUAGAACAUCAGAUUUUGUGCCUUUGAAUGAUGUGCCAUCGCAGUCAAAAUUGCCAGACGCAGAAUCAGACUAUGAUCAGGAGGAGUUUGAGGAGGUUCAUGGAAGCUCAGGUGUUAGUAUCAACGAUGGCCAUAUCACAGAUGAGGAGGUGCUACGGGAAUCCUCCUGCACCCAAAACAGCCUGGACUCCUUCAGGGGCAGCUCAGACUCGUUCAUCGACAGUGACGAGGAAAAUGAUGGCUAUGUGGACACAGAUGAGGAAAUUUCUAAUGGGAGAGUGAAUUUGCUGAAUGGCAGCGGGCCUCCAUAUUUCCAUGGCUACCUCUACAUGAAGGGUGGACUCAUGAUCCCGUGGCGCCGGCGCUGGUGCGUGCUCAAAGACGAGACCUUCAUGUGGUUCCGGGCCAAACAGGACUCUCUCAAGUCCGGCUGGCUUUACAAAAAAGGAGGAGGGAUGUCCACUUUGUCUCGCCGCAACUGGAAGAUGCGCUGGUUUGCUCUGCGCGAGGCAAAACUCAUGUACUUUGAGAAUGACAGCGAAGAGAAGCUGAAAGGAACAAUAGACAUCCGUGCAGCCAAGGAGAUUGUGGACAAUCAUGAGAAGGAAAAUGCACUGAAUAUUGUCACUGAGGAAAGGACUUAUCACAUCUAUGCAGAGUCUCCUGAAGAUGCCAGUGGUUGGUUCAAUGUGCUGAGUCGGGUUCACAGCGCCAGCCCGGAGCAGCUCCUGGAGAUGCACCACGAACAGGCCAACCCAAAGAAUGCUGUGGGUACACUAGAUGUGGGUUUGAUUGAUUCUGUUUGUGCAUCAGACAACCCAGACAGACCAAACUCCUUUGUGAUCAUCACAGCCAACAGAGUGAUCCACUGUAACACAGACACACCUGAGGAGAUGCAUCACUGGAUUGGCCUGCUGCAGAAAUCUAAAGGAGAUACAAGAGUUGAUGGGCAGGAGUUCCUAGUCAGAGGUUGGCUGCAUAAAGAGAUGAAGUCAGGAGUGAAGAGCACUUCUCUGAAGUUGAAGAAGCGCUGGUUUGUUCUCACCACAAACUCUCUCGACUAUUACAAGUCAUCAGAGCGCAAUGCGACUAAACUGGGAACGCUGGUCCUAAACAGCCUCUGUUCUGUGGUGCAACCAGAUGAGAAAGUCUUCAAGGACACUGGUUACUGGAAUAUUAUUGUUUAUGGGCGUAAACACUCGUAUCGACUUUAUACUAAGAUGCUGAAUGAAGCCAUGCGGUGGGCCAAUGCCAUACAGGGAGUGAUAGACAACAAAGUUCCCAUCGAAACACCAACUCAGCAACUCAUCAGAGACAUUAAGGAGAGCAGUUUGAAUGUGGAGGCUGUGGAGCAGACGUACUGGAGGAACCCCAUCCUGAGAUAUACCCAGCAUCCUUUGCACUCCCCUCUUCUACCUCUGCCUUAUGGAGAUGUCAGUGUCCACUUGCAAAAGGAAAAGGGUUAUACCAGCCUGCAGGAUGAAGCCGUGAAGAUUUUUAACUCUCUGCAGGAGAUGGAGGCUGUUUCAGACCCUGUCCCAAUCAUCCAGGGAAUCCUGCAGACCUGUCAAGACUUGAGGCCGUUAAGAGAUGAGGUUUACUGUCAGCUGAUCAAACAAACUAAUCACGUCCCGCACCCCAACAGUCCCGCCAAUCGUGCCCACUGGCAUCUCCUAACCUGCAUGAGCUGCACCUUCCUGCCCAGCCGAGGAAUUCUGCGCUACCUCAGGUUUCAUCUGAAAAGGAUUAAGGAGCUGUUUCCUGGGACAGAAAUUGAAAUGUUUGCUCAUUUCACUGGGGAGUCUCUGAAGAAGACAAAGACGAGAGAAUUUGUUCCAUCGCAGGAGGAGAUCAUGGCACUUCUCACCAGACAGGAAAUGACUACCACAGUCUACUGCCAUGGAGGAGGCUCCUGCAAGAUCUCCAUCAACUCUCACACCACUGCUGGAGAGGUGGUGGAGAAGCUGAUACGAGGUCUGGCCAUGGAGGACAGCAGAAACAUGUUUGCUCUCUUUGAGCACAACAAUACUGUUGACAAAGCUGUGGAAAGCAGGGUGCUUGUAGCUGAUGUUCUGGCUAAAUUUGAAAGACUGGCUGGCAGUGAGGAAGCUCGGGAUGAGGGCCAGUGGAAGCUGUAUUUUAAACUCUACUGUUUCUUGGAUGUUGAAAGCAUGCCAAAGGAAGGAGUGGAGUUUGCUUUCAUGUUUGAGCAGGCCCAUGAGAGUUUGACCCAUGGCCACUUUCCUGCUCGUGAAGAGACCCUGCAACACCUCGCCGGUCUGCGACUGCAGUUCCUGUUUGGAGACAAAGCCCGGAUCACCUGGAGCCUUGAGAACGUCUACCCCGUGGGCCGCCUGCGCAGCCGCAUUCUGCAGUUCACCAAGGCGGGCGGAGCCUCCGGGUCGGGCCAGACUCUAGAGCGAAGGAGGACCAGCUUCCUGGACGGGACCCUGCGCCGGGGGCUGAAGACGGGAUCCUUGAAGAAGCAGCGCAUGGAGGAGGAGCAGAUGCUGGAGAUGUGGAUAAAGGAGGAGAUGUCCUCCACCAGGGCGAGCAUUGUGGAGAAGUGGUCCCACGUCAAGGGUCUGGAUCAGCACCAGGCCAUGCUCAAAUACAUGAGCAUCAUAAAGGAAUGGCCUGGAUAUGGAUCCACACUGUUUGAUGUUGAGUGUAAAGAAGGAGGAUUCCCACAUGACCUCUGGUUAAGCGUGAGCGCCGAGAAUGUGUCCGUCUACAAGAGAGGCGAGCCAAAGCCUCUGGAGACGUUCCCGUAUGAGCACAUCAUCUUCUUCGGUGCUCCACAACCCUGCACCUACAAGAUCACUGUGGAUGAGAGGGAAAUGUUCUUCGAGACACCAGAGGUCGGAGAGAUCACAAAGAUCAUGAAAGCCUACAUAAAUAUGAUCGUGAAGAAGCGCUGCAGCGUCAAAUCUGUGUCCAGUUAUGGAACCAACUGGAUCCGGUAAUCCGCUGGAGACCGACGCCGCACCUACCCAGCUGCAUAACCAGCACGCGGAGGAGAUGGAGAGACGAGAAGAACAACAACCUGGGAUAUUGCUGCAAAGCUUUUAAGUUGACAUUAACAUACUCCAUUCAGAAAUCUCCCUAAUAUUACUCAAACAUGUUACUUCUCCUACCUUUUUGGGCAGAGAUUCUAAAUGUUUAUCUCCUUGAAUCUUCAUAAUGUUGCUUCAUUCCAUGUAAUCUCCAAAAAACCUUAAACAUAAGAGAGAAUUACAAUGGUCAUUUCACUUGUUUCUUUAAUAAGAAGACAUCAGGUAUCUUUUUUUAAUUUUAUUUAAACAUCCUGAGUUCUUUUGACAUAAUUUGAAACACCUUUACAUCUAAAUCACCAAAUUAGUAAAUCUCAGACAACUUCUUUGAAUGUGCCACAGUGGCAAACGCACACUGACAGAGAUGGCACCUUCAUUUACUAGAUCUUUUAAUUUUUUUGCUAGAAUAUUGGGCCCCUUUCUAAUGAAUGUUCUCUUAAUGGAGAUCCCCUCAGGGUAUUUAUCAAGUCCCUUAAUCUUGCCUUACCUAAGAGCGUGAAUGUGGCCUUGUAGAAGCAGAAUAUAAACUACUUUGUGAUUUUUUUUUUUUUACAUGUGUGAGGCAAAAACACUCCUCUAACAGGUUAAAAAUAUAACUCAAACAGAUCAAACUUGAUUGGAAUUGGAUGCAUCAAUUAAAAGUCUAAACCUUUUUUAACAAGGCUGAAAUUUACUAAUAUCAGAAUAUUUGAGCUUAUGUCCCAGAAUAAGAACAAAUGUGAACUGAAUGUAUGUUUAAAGAUAGCCAAAAUGUGUGUUUUAGACCGAAAGCACGACAGCAUUUCAUUGCAUUUGUGAGCAUAGUUUGCUUGUGUGUUUUUUUGCUUUUACGCAUCUCAGCAGCGAGGUGAGGAUGUAGUAUUUAUUUAUUAAAACACUCAAUGGAUUUGAGAGACAAAGAAGUAAAAUGUCCUUCAAAUGAUUUGUUAGUUUUAGUUGCGCUUUUAUGGACACAGAAAAUGAUGCUGAGGUGAAAAUGUUGAACUGUCUCCAUUUUGUGCCGUGUUUCUUCUCUGGCUGUUAGAAACAUACUGAAAACUAUUUUUUUUAUUAUCAAGACAAUGCCAACCAACCUACCGUAUAGUUCAUAUUUAGAGUAAUAUAAUCUCAACAUAAUGAGCUCAGUAUUUACCUCUCACUAGAUCACGGUCCUCCGUUGUGUCCCGAUCAUUUUCACCUUCUGUGGGCGCUCUGGUCAGCUGCCGGCGGCCACACCAGAGAGCGAGCCACCUUGCCGUUGAUGAUGACUGUAUUUUUCAGACUUCUGAUUGUUUUGAUGAGGCAAAAAAAAAAAAAAAAAAAUCGGAAAAUGUUUUAUAUCAGAAUUUAAAAAUGCUUUAAUAAAUUAUUGUAUUUGAAA